AUGGUGGAAGCAAGCUCGCACAAUGACCAAAGCCCAAGAAAUAUAGAAGAGGUACUCAUGAACUUCCCUUACCAGAACAAGAUCAAACUCCUCGGUCGCAUCAGUCUUCCGUAUAAAGAGCCGUCUCCGUUGAGUCCUGCGCCCAGAACUCGUGGCGCCAUUCUAGCUAUAGAGGGAGACGAUGUUGCUGCCGUCAAAGAACUCUCUCAGUGGUUGAAUGAUCGCCUUGCAAAAGAUACCGAGUCACAAUAUCGCCCUCGCCUCGUCGAACCACCACAGACACCCAUUGAGCAGGAUUCUUCUUUUGAGGAAUAUCUAGAUCUGAUCAAAGCGUGGCAUGGCAAGAGCAAAGAGAUGAUUCAGUACAUUACUACGCCUGUGGACUCGCCUCCGUCGUCGCAAGACACCGUCAUGGCCGACAAAGACUCAGAUAAGGACACUGAAAAGGAGCUUUCUGAUAUAGAUCGCAAAGACUCUGCCACAUCUUCUGACUCGCCUGCGUUAGCUGCCGCCUCCACUUCACCCUCUUUGGAUGCUGCUUCGGUCGCAAAGCCAAUCGUCAUCCUUCCAACCUUCCAACUCGCCGCAUCAGUCACUUAUGCCUCUCGGAUUCCCAUCCAAGACGCCUACAGUUGCACAGACCAUUGGCAGUGGAUGGCGACUUUGUGGCGCGGCACGGUCGGUCCUGACCUCACCAUCUACGUUAAGAUGUACGAAAAGGAUGCUGGAGUGAGCAAACCCGAGAUGGACGACGCAAAUAGGUGCUUGACGAUCGGAAAGGAGAAGGAUGGUAGAUUCAGCGAUGCGGACUUGAGGAGAGUCGGCUUUGAGGUCAGCGAGUUCAUCAACGGUAUGGCUAGCAAAAGUAUGUGA